ACAUUAAAUCUGCAGGUGAAGAAAGACAACGUUGCUCCGAUCUUCGUCAUCAACCUCCUGGUGUCUGACGUCAUUCAGCUCUGUGCCCUGAUCGUUAUGCUGAAAGGAAAUACAUUUGCCUAUCAUGUUAGUUAUACCAUGUACACUAUCGGUGUGUUGGCCAGUGUGGGCUUCAUGCUGUGCAUCGCUCUGGAAAGGUAUUUGCUCAUCGUCUGGCCGCUGUGGUACCGAACCAGACGAACAGUCAAGAAGUCCCUGCUUCUCUGCGCUGUGGUCUGGACUUUUGCUGUGUUUUACUUUGUCUUUGGCAUAGUCAUAGGUUUAAAUGAGCAGAUUGAUUUGUUUCUUAAUAUUACUGCCGUCCUCCUCCUCCCGCUUCCUCUGCCCGUGUUCUUCCUGGUUGGGACCUUUAGAGCUUUGUCUGCCUCCAUCAGUGUUCAUGCUGAGGAAAAGCGUAGAAUAGUUGGACUUCUGGUUCUGGUGCUACUGAUUUACACACUGCUGUUCCUGCCUUGUAUGAUUUCUUUCUUUGCACAUUAUAGGGAUUAUAAAUUGGGUGUAGUUGCUGACUUUUUCCUUAGACUCAAUCCUGUUGCUGACUUGUUCCUGUACAUCUUCCUCAGAAAAGGGGCUGUGAACCAGGUUUGGUUCUGUCUGUGUUGUUGCAGAAAGAACCGAACUAAUCGUCAGUCAUCCAGUGGUUUGAAUGAUGGUGACGCAGUCACAAGUUUGUAGUCAGACAAUGAAACAUUCUCAUGCUGUAGUUUUCAUCUUUUGUCAGUUGUGUAGAUUUUGUAAACAAACAACAAACAUCCACAUAAAAAUAAAA